CAUGAGCUGGGGAACUGAGCUAUGGGAUCAGUUUGAUAACUUGGAAAAGCAUACACAGUGGGGGAUAGACUUUGUGGAGAAGUACAACAAAUUUGUUAAGGAGAGAUCUGAGAUUGAAUUCAACUAUGCAAAGCAGAUCAGGAAUCUUUCGAAGAAAUAUCUGCCCAAGAAGAACUCCAGAGAAGAGGAGGAGAGCAAGUACUCAUCAUGUAGAGCCUUCAUCACGACUCUGAAUGAGCUGAAUGACUAUGCCGGUCAGCAUGAGAUCAUCGCUGAAAACCUGACUUCCCAAAUCAUCACCGAACUCUCCAAAUACACACAGGAACUCAAAUCUGAGAGAAAAUCACACUUCCAUGAUGGACGGAAGGCCCAGCAGCAGAUUGAGAAUUCAUGGAAACAGCUGGAGGCAUGUAAGCGACGCUUUGAGAGAGACUGUAAGGAGGCAGACAGGGCCCAGCAGUAUUUUGAGAAAAUGGAUGCGGACAUCAACGUGACAAAACUUGAUGUGGAGAAGGCGAGGCAACAGGCUCAGAUGAGACACCAGAUGGCUGCUGACAGUAAGAAUGAAUAUUCCUCAUACCUGCAGAAGUUUAACCAGGAACAAAAUGAACAUUACCACACAAUCAUCCCCAACAUCUUUCAGCGCAUUCAGGAGAUGGAGGAGAGAAGGAUCCAGAGGGUGGGGGAGGCGAUGAAGACGUUUGCAGAGGUGGACCGUCAGAUUCUGCCCAUCGUAGGGAAAUGUUUAGAUGGUAUGACCACCUCAGCAGAGUCCAUCGAACCACAGAGCGACUCAAAGCAGGUUGUGGAGUCAUAUAAAUCUGGGUUCGAGCCACCGGGCGACGUGGAAUUUGAAGAUUACGGUCAAGCCAUGAAGAGAACAGUGUCGGAGACCAGUCUGACCAAUACACGAGGAGACAGCAAGCCGGAAAAACCCGGAAAGAGCAAGAACAAACUAUGGCCUUUCAUCAAGAAGAAUAAGCUUAUGUCCCUGUUAACGUCCCCUGCCCCAUGCCAGCCCCCUCCAGACCCCCCCUCAUCUUCUGCUGUUGCCCACGACCUCCCCCCGCAAUCCCCCAAACAGGCCAAGGAGCCGCUCUCGCACCGAAUCAACGACCUUAUGGCCUCCAAGCCCAAAAUGCACUGCUUCAGGAGCCUCAAGCGCGGGCUUUCUCUCAAGCUGGGCUCAGGGCCGGAGGACUUCAGCCACCUUCCCCCAGAGCAGAGAAGAAAGAAACUCCAGGCAAAAAUCGAUGACAUAAAUAAAGAUAUUCAGAAGGAAAUGGACCAGAGGGAUGCACUGACAAAAAUGAAGGAGGUGUACAUUAAGAACCCUCAGAUGGGAGACCCGAGUAGCGUGGACCCCCGUCUUACGGAGAUCGCCAUAAACAUUGACAAACUGCAAGCAGAGGCACAGAAAUUUGAGGGCUGGUUAGCAGAGGUAGAGGGCAGAAUGCCAGUGAAGAGCGAGCCGCCGCGUAGACAAAGCGGCCUCUACGACACACAAAACAGCACACCCCCACCACCAGCCCCGCCCAUCAACAACAACUGUGCCCAGGACAGAGAGAGCCCAGAUGGUAGUUACAGUGAGGAGCAGAACACGGAGACGCAGAGCAAAGCUCCUCCUGAACCUGAGUUUGACGAUGAAAAUGAAUUUGACGAGAUCUUACCCAGCAUUGGGACCUGCAAAGCUCUAUAUCCAUUUGAAGGCCAAAAUGAAGGCACGAUCGCACUGGUGGAAGGGGAGGUAUUGUAUGUGAUAGAGGAGGAUAAAGGUGAUGGGUGGACACGUGUGAGGAGAAAUGAAGAGGAGGAAGGAUAUGUACCCACCUCUUACGUGGAGGUUUUCCUUGACGCCAACGCCAAAGAUUCCUAAAGAGUGCGCGGCUAGAAGAGGAGUUGCAGGACAAAACACGAGCAGGGGAAAAAAAAAACAACAGUGCUCCUGUAAUAAGUCAGUGAGAUGGUGGAGAUGAUGGACUGAGAGAGAGAAAGAAAGUACAAAUGAGAGAAUGAAAGUACAAAUGAGAGAAUGAAAGUACAAAUGAGAGAAUGAAAGAAAUAGAGGUCACAUUGACCCCAAAUGAGGCAUCUCAAUCUGAAUAGAAUUUUAGUCCUGCUGGGGGAAGUCUUAGAAACAGAAAAAAGAAAAAAAAAAAAAAAGAAAGAAAGAAAGAAAGAAAAAAAAAUUGCAUCCAAAUUUAACAACCAUCUCCAUUCUUUUCCAUUGAGAGAUAUAGUUUAUGAUGUACAUAAUUCUAUUUUUGCUUAUGUUGUCUGCUGAGCUUGCUCUGAAGUUCAUUUUACUUUUAUGUGCGUGCAGUCUGCCGCUAUGACUCUCUCCAUCCAAACUCCCACUUUAACUGUUCAGUCCCCUCCGCAUGGUAUGGUCAAAUACAGAAUCUGGACCUGUGGUGGGAGGGGCCUCAGCUCACCCACCCCAGGAGAGACCAGCUCACAAAUCAUUCAUUCGCUCGUUCGGUCCAUUGCGCAGCCAUUCAAACAGUGGAUUGUGGGCAGAAUUUGGAGUGUUGUGGAACAUUUCUAAGACGCUGUGGAAGUAGGGUCUCAGCAAGUCAUGCUCCAUUUUCACUCUUAUUUUUCUCACUCUCCCUCUCACA